ACAAGUGGAGGCAACUGCGUUGAAAUUUUGAACAACCCAGCUGACGGGAAAUGGACCACAGCGGCUUGCACGAGCAAGAGAAGCUUCGUCUGUGAGAAAGACAAGGGGACCUGUGCUCCAGGGUGGCGUAUCCAUGGCGGCCAAUGCUACAACAUCUACACCAAUUCCCCGAUGACCUGGGGGUUGCCAAGGCAACCUGCGAGGCCCACCGGGCCUUCUUAGCCAAUGUCCAAAGUGCUGAUGAGAAUGCCUUCAUUGUGAAACAACUUGCUAGCCUGGAUCAGCUGAACAUUGACAGGGUGUGGAUGGGUGUUUCAGAUUUCAAGACUGAUGGAACUUUUGAAUGGUCCGAUGGCACGUCCAUAUCUCAGUACAACAACUGGCAACCCAAUGGGCCAUCAAAUAGAGUGGGGUACCCAGACUGUGGCUUCUACGAUACCUCUGACGCCCAGGGUAAAUGGAACACGGGCAACUGCUAUGAAGUUCUGUCCUUCAUCUGUAAAAUUAAGGCUGGUGAAAAAGUCUGGCCUAUUGAUCCAACCACACCUAUCGGAACUUGCGAUGACGGUUGGAAUCUCUUCAAUGGCAACUGCUACUACAUUGAGACCAAGACGGACACCUACGACGUGGGCAAGAAGGCCUGCGAGGACAAAGGCUCUAAACUGACGAGCAUCUUGGACAGUGACGAACAGUCUUAUUUGUCAAUGCGGACUUACAUGCUGCAAGUCUACCUGUGGAUUGGACUGAACGACAAAACAACAUCAAAUGUCUUUGUUUGGGAGGACGGUUCCACGUAUAACUUCAAAUACUGGGCCCCGGGACAACCGGACCAUUUUGGUAAUGGUGAUAAUGAAAGGUGCGUGCAUUUCCGGUACGGAGAACUUGAGGAAGGGAUGUGGAACGAUUUGCCGUGCGGGAGCACAAUUUGUGGUUACAUCUGUAAAAAGAUAGCAGGUACUGGGCCGCCAGUGACACCUAAGCCACCACCCACACCCGUAUUUAACGACCGUUGCGGCACGGGUUGGGAGUACGACCCGACCUCCAAGCAGUGCUACCUGUUCAAACCCGGUGACCUCAAAACUUGGCAGGAUGCCAGGAAACUGUGCCAGACGGGAGGCGGCGAUCUCGUCAGUAUAACUACACUGUCAGAGCAGACGUACCUCAAUGCACGCUUGGCUCUGAACACGGAGACGGUUGUUUGGCUCGGUGCCAAUGACCUGUCGUCAGAAGGCGGCUGGGAAUGGAGCAAUGGGUCACCCUUCAAGUUUCUCAAUUGGGCGAGUGGUGAGCCCAAUAAUUGGGGGACCGGAGGAGAACACUGCACUGAAUUGAAAAUAAGUAACGGACUGUGGAAUGAUAUCUCCUGCUCCAAUACCAUGGGAUACGUGUGUAAAAAAGAUGGUUACAUCGUUUCCCACUUCUCGACGUACCCCAACAGGUAUCUGCAAGUCACACCCGCAGUGGUGGUUCCUGACAUUUUUCCCGACUUGUGCGCUUACUCUUGCGUCUACUCUGACAACUCUUUUUAUAAAUGCGUGGCGUUCAACUACGAUCGUGCCCUGAAGGAGUGCUCAUUAUUGGACACUACCAAAGACUCUGCCGGGGGUCUUAAGACAGAUGCAGACAAGGACUAUUACCAACUGAGAAGUGACGCACCGCCCCCUGACGUCCCGGCAACAGUGGAUCCCACCUACCGAUGUCAAGACCAGUGGCAAGCUUACGGAGACUACUGCUACCAGGCCCAGUCGGACGAGGUGGUUUGGGAUGAUGCCCGGAAGAACUGCCGUCUGAAAGGGGCCGAUCUGGCGUCAAUAUGGGACGCAAAUGAGAACUCGUUCGUAACGAGUGUCGUCUCACAGGGCGUGGACGAUUCCGUCCACUUCUACAUUGGGCUGAAUGACAACAAAGUGUCCAUGACCUACGAGUGGAGCGACGAUAGCGAGGUGACCUACACCCACUGGGGGGCAGGCGAACCCAACAACUAUCAGGGCAACCCUGAGGACUGCGGGGAAAUGAGGACCAGUGGUUUUUGGAAUGACGCAGACUGUACUGCCCUCCAUCGUUACGUCUGCAAAAUGAAGAAACAAGAUCUGGGGCCCACCCAGUUUCCCAUUACCCCCAGUGGUUGUGAUCAGGGUUGGAUUCCAUAUGGAGAGUCCUGCUACAAGUUUGAAGAUCAGACUGCAGCAACGCGGGACGCAGCAUUGGCAAUGUGCCAAACGUACGGCGGAGGCUUGGUUGUCAUCACUGACAAGUAUGAGCAGUCCGUGAUAACAUCGCAGAUGGGCAAACAGCUCUUUUACAAGCACUCCUGGAUUGGGUUGCACGAUCGCAACAUCAAGGGCUUCUACGAGUGGGAAAGUGGAGAAACGUUCACUUACGACAACUGGGGACAACAACAACCCGAUGAGUCCAAGGGGCGUUGCGUGUACGCGACCGCCGGCACAGCCAGCGGCCUCUGGAUGGUGGGCAACUGCAAUGCCAGCUUCUACUACGUCUGCGAGAAGGCAAGGGGCGGGUUCGCUACCGUCAAGGUCACGCAGGGGACGCAGACCACGCCAACAAACGACGACUGCGCACCGGGCUGGAUCGGUUACGGAUCUCACUGCAUGAAGGCAUUUAAUCUAAAUGUCAAACUGAAUUUCUGGUCAGCCGAGAACUUUUGCUUCAACAUGGGAGCCCACCUGACCAGCUUCCACUCCAAGGGUGAAGAGGACCAUUUUGUUGCGCAGACCGUCUUGGCCAAUGGUGACACCGAUGAUUCCUACUGGAUUGGCUUCCAUGAUAGCAAAGCAGAAGGAGCCUUUGAGUGGGUGGACGGGAGCCUGGUGCAGUGGACCAACUGGCAUCAGAACCCCAAGGAGCCCAACGACGCGGGAUCCGGUGAAGACUGCACUGAGAUGUUCUUCAACGGCCACGGAUGGAACGAUUUACCCUGCCAGGGCAACAAGCGUAACACUGUGUGUUUACUCCCUAAAGGUCAGAUGCCUGCCACUACCCUGCCUCCAGUAACAUUCCCCAGAUGCCCAUCUGAUGACGGCUUUCUCAGCUUUAAUGGUUAUUGCUACUACCUGAGUCCAGGAGGUACCCAGUUAGGCUGGUCAGAGGCCGAGAAUUACUGUCACAAGCUAGGGGCGGACCUUGCCUCCGUACACGGCCAGGACGAACAGGAUUUCCUCUAUGGGCUGGUCAGUGGUGAAAACAGUGGAGAUUUCUGGAUCGGUUUGCGGGAGUUUGGUAAAAACGGCAAAUACCGGUGGGCAGACAACACGACACUCGACUACGAUGCUUGGGUGACGGGAGAACCCAAUGAUUUCAAUGGGGAGGAGGAAUGUGUGGAGAUGUACCCUCGACUAGAUAGCGAAACUGGCGGCAACUGGAACGACCAGAACUGCGGCACGCCGCGCAACUUCAUCUGCAAGAAGCACGAGAGCUCAGUGGGGCCCAUCACCCACGCCCCGACCCCAGCGCCCACGGGCUACUGCCCCAAGGAUUCCGUCCGCUUCCUGAACCGCUGCUACACCUUCUUUGGAAAGGAACCUGACAGCAAAUUGUCUUGGAGAAACGCUAGCCUGGAGUGUAAGAAGGUUCCUGGCGGUGAGCUGGCAACCAUCCACUCCCAGGCUGUGCAAGCCAAAUUGACAAGUUUCCUGGAGGAAUACAAGUUCCACAUCUGGAUUGGUCUGAGCGACAUCACGACCAAUCGCCAGUUCAAGUGGAUUGAUGGAACCACGUUGGACUAUACCAACUGGAAUUCGGGGGAGCCCAAUGAAUAUGGUGGACAGGAAGAUUGUGUGGAGAUGUACGAUCACUGGAACGAUGCUGGUGAAUGGAACGACCAGAACUGUGACACCAAGAACGGCUACGUCUGUCAAAGCAAACCAGAUCCCCAGAACGAUCCACCCCAUACACCCCUCAAUCCCUGUGGCAUCAACUGGUCCUACUGGCCCGACGAGGGUGGCUGCUUCCAGAUCCUCCCGGACCCUGUCACGUUCAGCGACGCGAUCACGGCGUGCCAGGCCCUGGGCAAUCAAGCCACCCUGGCCAGCCUGAACGACCCGUACGAGGCGGCCUACGCGGACGGUCUCAUGGUGCAAGCGGCGGCCAACGCGGACGGAAGUAUAACCGAGGAGAAGCCCCUGUGGCUUGGCAUGACCUAUAAAGACGCCUCCGGAGAAUACAGCUGGCUAGACAACUGGCCCGUCUUCUACACCCGUUGGGACACCAGUGAACCCAGCAAGGGGGAAGGGGAGGGCUGCGUGCUCAUGGACUUCAACGGCCGCUGGAACGACACCGUCUGCACCAACAAAUUUGGGAGCCUGUGCAAGUAUUCCUUGAAAUCCCCACCAACUCAUCCACCCGAUAUACCGGGCACCUGUGACGACGGCUGGUUACCGUACGGCAGCUACUGCAUGUACUUCCAGGCAGCCGACCAGAACCCAGUCUCCGAGUACCAGGCAGAGCGCACUUGCAACGACAUGGGGGCCAACCUGGUCACCAUUCACCACAAGUUGGAGAAUAUGUUUGUCCAGGAGAACAUCCUGGCUGUACGGACAGACGACGCAGCUUGGCUAGGCUUGUACCGCACCGAUGAAGGAGGUUUUCAGUGGAUGGACUCAGAGCCCGUGGAAUAUGACAACUGGGUGAAUGGCGAGCCGACCUUGAUCUGGAACGGAGAGCACGAGAACUGUGUGGAGAUGUAUACAUCCAGUGGCGAGUGGAAUGACGUUGAUUGCAACCAGCUUAGGACCUUCAUCUGCAAGAAGCUUAAAACGCACAAUUCGACGGAUAUCCCUCCCACUCGGCAGAGCCCAAAGCCGGUAGCAGGUCUUGAAACUGGUGCUAUUGUAGGCAUUGUCCUUGGUGUCCUGGUCUUGCUCCUCGCCAUCUUGGUUGCUGCCUUCUUCGUGUUUACCCGCAACAGAGUUCCAAAGGGUCCCGCCAAUGUCACAGACCUCACAGCUCCGGGUUUUGACAAUGUGGCGUACGCAUCGUCUGGGGAAAUGAAGUAUCCCGAGCCGUCCGAGACCAAGCAAGAACCUGCCGGUGCAUCCAGUGCUUGAUGCUUCCAGCAAGCGUCUUUACAGAAAUGUGGUGGUGGAUCAGGGGUCAAUUUCAUGGAGCCGUUGAAGCAUAGAAGUUGGCUAAGCACAAACACACAAAAAGUGAUAGUAAAAAUAGGUAACCAGCCCAAAAAGUAUUACUGGUUCUUCAGGAUAUUCGUUUGCACUUAAUAUUUCUUGGCAAUAUUUUUCACUACACAGAUCCAUGAAAUUGGGUUCCCGACUCUCCAUUUUUUUUUUAUUGGGGGGGUGCUUAAAAUUACUUUUUCAUGCCUUUACAAAUCAUUACAAGCUAUUUUUAUAAGAGGCAUCUUCAUAAUUGUGUUGAAAUUUCAAGGGAGUUCAUUCGCAUCACGUAAAUAGAAUUCAUCCUUUUUGAUUACGCCAUGAGUUUAUUUCAUUUUAUUUUAAAUGCUGCUUAAUAUUGAAAUAUAGUGCUCUUAGUUUUUUCUUUAUAUUCUGUAAUGCAUAUCGAAAGAAAGCAAUCUGAAAUAUUAGCGGAAAUGAAAUGUUUGGUAAGAAGUGGCGUGUUGAUGCAAACUAAUGCCUUAUCAUCUUUAGUUUUAUGAGUAAAACGUUCCCCUAAUUUUUGUUUUGCAUUUUGAGUGGCUAUCCUGUUCCAAAAAGCAUUACAAAAGCAUAGAUUUAUUCAGUGGCCGCGCCAGACUCUAAAAUUGAGGAAAACUGUAGUCGUUUUAAUGAAUGAGAAAUGGCGUGUUUUGUCUACCAAAGUACCAAUGGUUAUAAUGCUUUCAUUGGCUCACUGUU